GUCACAAACGGUGCAAAGCAGGGUUGUGUUCUUGCUCCCACACUCUUCAGUAUUAUGUAUUCCGCAAUGCUGUCUGAUGUGUUUAAGGACUCCGCCACGGGCUUGCCAAUCCGGUUUCGUACUGAUGGAUCAGUAUUUAACCUUAGGAGGCUUCAAGCUAAAACCAAGGUCAAACAUAACACGAUCAACGAGCUUCUGUUUGCAGACGAUUGUGCCCUCAAUGCUCUCUCAGAAGCCGUCAUGCAACACAGCGUUGAUACCUUCUCUGAGGCCUGCAAUAACUUUGGCCUCACAAUCAACACAAAGAAGACUGAGGUCAUGUAUCAGUCAGCUCCCAGUAAGCCCUACGUUGAACCCAACAUCAUCAUC